AUGAGCAGGCGAAUAUCUGGUCGCCACGGGUUCCCACGUGGCGUUGUGAGCUUGUCUGACGUGGCUCUUGAGGGAAGGAGCGGAUCCCUCUCGCCGAAGAAGCUUCCUGCCUGCGGACAAGCAGUACCCUCAUUACUCGCAACGGUAGGCUCUUCCUCAUCUCUCGGCAGCAGCUUCCUGCCACCUGCAAAGCAGUACCUCAUCACUCGCAACGUCCCCUGUCUCAGGCGGGUUGGGGCGAUGGAGGAGGAGGUGCUGCUGGCGACAGGUGGCAGCGAGACAUUGGUCGAUGCUGACGUGGACGGGGAUGGCAACGACCCGUGGGUUGCCACGUCGAAGCUCAGCGGUGCUUCAUGCGCAACCACACAGCAGGAGUCACUCCCCUCCAUCGACGCAGCAGCAACCCCAGCAGCCGGAGGAGGAGGGGAAGGCGGGGGAGCGGGAGCAGGGGGAGAACUGCUGGAGGAGCAGCGGGGAGAGAUGAAGAGGAGGAUGUACCUGACAUAG